AUGGAGGGUUUCAACGAACGUCUUGUCAUGGGGGUUUCACAGGACGAUCCCAUACUCGAUGUUCUGGCCAAGACCCUUCUGGAUACUCCCAAGUUAUUCGGUCGCAUACAGUCCAACUUAAUCAUCACAGCGACAAUGGAUUUCAUAACUUCUUUGAUGAUGGACAUGAAAAUCCACAAAAUGGCCGUGAACCUUGGACUCACCCCUUUCGCGACUUACGGUCGAAACAUGUCUGGUAUCUCCACGUCGUAUGCGAUGUUCGUAUUCCCGACGGAAGUCGACGUCGAAGCGUAUAUUCAAUACCUACCCCAAAUCCGAGUUUUUAUCGAUUGCAUGGACGAAGUGCUUUCGUUCUACAAAGAGGAAACCGCGGGGGAGGAGAACUUUGCUAGCAUGCUCGCGAUGGAAUCUUCGAUCACCAAGUAUGAGGCUAUCCAACGCCUAGCCGACGACGUCGCUGGGGCAGACAAGGGCGUCUUGAGAGGGCUGGCUGGUGAUCAGCUGGCUUUGGACAAUUGGUAG